AUGGUGAGAGUGAGAGCAUAUGCAUAUUCGUGUUGCCUAUCGCGCUGGCAAGUGCUCGACCUGUUGGUCACGCCAUGCAUGCUUAUGCUUGGCCACUCCUACGUCCCUACAUAUUCGUUCUUGGAUAGGCUUGCAUUUACCAGGAGCCUGGCGGAAGGAAUGAGCCAGGGAAAAGACAAACAAAGGGACCCAGGCUAG